AUGCACGCGCGUGUGGACAAGCGCGUGAUUUUGUGCGCGGUUUCACGAUCACUGAGUCAAAGAAAAAGCCUGUGCUGGAAGAGCUCUCUGGAGGUGAUCUAGUCCAGCCUCCUGCUCAAAGCAGAGUUUCUGUUGCUUGUUUCAGGAAACACUCCUUUACAUCUUGCUGUGAUGUUGGGACAUAAAGAAUGUGCCCACUUGCUUUUAGCCCAUAAUGCUCCAGUAAAGGUGAAAAAUGCUCAGGGAUGGAGCCCUCUUGCAGAAGCCAUCAGCUAUGGAGACAGACAAAUGAUUACAGCACUCCUGAGGAAGCUUAAACAGCAGUCCAGGGAAAGUGUUGAAGAAAAGCGACCUCGAUUACUAAAAGCCCUGAAAGAGCUAGGUGACUUCUAUCUAGAGCUUCACUGGGAUUUUCAAAGUUGGGUGCCUUUACUUUCCCGAAUUCUGCCUUCUGAUGCAUGUAAAAUACACAAACAAGGUAUAAAUAUCAGGCUGGACACAACUCUCAUAGACUUUACCGACAUGAAGUGCCAACGAGGGGAUUUAAGCUUCAUUUUUAAUGGUGAUGCUGCACCCUCUGAAUCUUUUGUAGUUUUAGACAAUGAACAAAAAGUUUACCAGCGAAUACAUCAUGAGGAAUCUGAGAUGGAAACAGAAGAGGAGGUUGACAUUUUGAUGAGCAGCGAUAUUUACUCAGCAACAUUAUCAACCAAAUCAAUUACCUUUGCGCGUGCCCAGACAGGAUGGCUUUUUCGAGAAGACAAAACAGAAAGAGUAGGAAACUUUUUGGCAGAUUUCUACUUGGUUAAUGGACUUGUGUUAGAAUCAAGGAAAAGAAGAGAACAUCUCAGUGAGGAGGAUAUUCUUCGAAAUAAAGCUAUCAUGGAGAGCCUGAGUAAAGGUGGCAACUUAAUGGAACAAAAUUUUGAGCCUGUCAGACGGCAGUCGCUGACUCCGCCAUCACCCAAUACAAUUACGUGGGAAGAGUACAUAUCUGCUGAAAAUGGAAAAGCUCCUCAUCUGGGUAGAGAGCUGGUCUGCAAAGAAAGCAAGAAGACCUUUAAAGCCACGAUAGCGAUGAGCCAGGAAUUUCCCUUAGGGAUUGAAUCAUUAUUGAAUGUUUUAGAAGUAAUUGCACCCUUCAAGCACUUUAACAAACUUAGAGAAUUUGUUCAAAUGAAGCUUCCACCAGGCUUUCCUGUAAAAUUAGAUAUUCCUGUAUUUCCCACCAUCACAGCCACUGUGACUUUUCAGGAGUUCCGCUACGAUGAGUUUGAUGAGUCCAUCUUCACUAUUCCUGAUGACUACAAGGAGGACCCCAGCCGUUUCCCUGACCUCUAACUAAACUGGAAGGCUGAUGGUGAAGAACAAUACCAGCGUACCGCGGCGAAGGCAGAUGGAUGCACCCAGCCCACAGAGAUAGGUAGAAAAGUGGGUUGCAAAGGAAGGGAUGAAGGUAAUAAUCCAGAAGAAAAGGGAACACGCAUCGAAUGACGCAAGUACUGACACUCACUGUAACGGGCAUCUAACCUAGUUCCUGAUUCCAGCAAGUCUCCUGAUGUGUCGUUCACACUUUGACACAUCCAGUACUACAAGCGUGGUGGCCGGACACCUCGGUGACCCUGGGAACACUGAACAGCUGUGAGGACUGUCAUUCGUUUUUAAAUUUUUUUACAUUUCUUGGUGAUACGAAAAGCACUCUUGGACCAUUAGCAUCAAAGUCGAAAUGUCUUAGCUGGAUAUUAGCCCUUCCAAACGUCCCGCC